ACAACUGAGCGUGAUUAUUAGGAAAGAUGUGUAUGUUUUCAAGAAGAUCUCUAUAGCGAUGACAGAUUAAAAAUGUUUGUAGCGGCGAUGACGGCAAAGUCGAAAAAGAAAUAAAUGAGGAAAGGAGAGAGAACGAUAAAGGAGGGGGGAUGACGAGAGAGUACAGCAUAGAAAUAUGGGAAAGCUGUAAUUUACAGUCGUCAUUUAUUCUGGACACGGUGGCAAAGUCUGCAUGUCUCUCCUCUUUUGCACGCUGCUUCUCACGUUUAUCGUUUGCUGGCUCCACGUAUUUUUCCUGCUGGUCGCGCAAACACAAACACCGUCGCCACUAUUUAAAAACACUCGCAUUUUUUUAAAGCGAAUUAUCGGUGCGUUUCUUUGAAUUUAUUUUUUUAACGAUUUGAAAGAAUUUAUUUUUAUUUAUCAAAAUUUCGUUAACGAUAUUACGACAUUUCCGAUUGUGGUUCGACUGUGAUAAAACACUAAAUCGUUGAAAAAGUGAUAUUACAAGAGUGCGCAAAGGCCAGCUAGAUAAAGUAUUUGAAAGAAAAAUAAUCGAGAGGAGAGAAGAUGAAGAUGAAGGUGGAAGAGCUUUUGAAGAUAGUUGUGAUUAUCGGUAGCUUGGCGAUGUUGACAAGACAAUGCAGCUGCCAGGACAUAAUAUUCCCCGGAGACGACGAAGCCUACAGCCACGUGAGCGGCAGUGCGCCGGUGACACAGCGAAAGCCGCUGAAGGUAAACGACGGCUGUCCUGAGAACAUGUUCCUCUGGCCGGACGACGGUCCGCGAUCGGCUUGGGUCUGCGAUUGCAAACCGCGCUUCGUUUACUUCCCCAAAAUUGACGCUUGCCACGAAGUUUUCCAGCGUGGACCUUGUCUACCGCAACACUACGUCUACUUGACGCCCAACCAGACGAUCCCGAGCUGCGUUCCAAAUCCCUGCAAACAAGUCGGCUACGUCGCCUACCGCGGAAUCUGCCAUCCGCUGCGCGCCAAAGGCGGACCCUGUAAAGCCGACGAGGUGCUCCAUGUCAACGAGACCACCUAUCAACUUGAGUGCUUGGGAGCCGAUCUCGUGCCGUUUGUCAUUAUCGACGCACCACAUCGUAGGGACGGUAAUUGUCCCAAGGGCAGUCGACGAAGCAGCCUUGGCGUUUGCAAGAUCGUUCUCUAGAU